GAGGUACGCGCGUGCGCCACUCGCGUACGAUUCGUUCUGUGUGAGAAUCACUCCGCUACCUCUUCCGCCACCGCGCCCGCGCCCGCCUCCUCCGCGCCCCGGCUUGACCCCGUAUAAAGACAAGCCCUCGCGAACUCGCACGCAGUCACGACCCGACCAUCAUCUCAUACAUUCAGGCGACUUUCACGCGAUUAUCAGUAUCAGUUACAGUAGCGUUUGUGUUGCGGACACAGGUUGCCAUGUCGAGUCAAGAUUGGGGCUAUUCUGUUGAAAAUGGACCAGCCACAUGGAUUGAGAAGUUUCCAGAAGCACGCGGCGCCCGUCAAAGUCCCGUGGACAUAGACACAUCGCGCGCUGGCAGCGGCGGUAGUGCUCCCCCCUUGGUGUGGCGCUACUCAGUCAACCACCCUAGAUCUGUAGUCAACCCCGGAUACUGUUGGCGAGUUGAUGAAAACGGAUAUCACUCAGAACUCCGAGGAGGUCCUCUUGGAUCGGAUGUAUACAAAUUGCAACAGUGGCAUUGUCAUUGGGGCGCCGUCAACGGUGAAGGUUCAGAGCACACUGUUGAUGGACGCUCUUUCUCCGGGGAAUUGCAUCUCGUUCACUGGAACAUGACUAAAUACAAUAGUUUCACAGAGGCUGCCGGCCAGCCAGAUGGGCUUGCAGUACUUGGAGUCUUCUUAAUGGUUGGUUCAAAGCAUGAGGAAUUGGAUAAGGUAGUAAAACUGCUUCCUUACAUAAUGCACAAGGGAGACAAGGUGACAUUCUCAGAGCCCCUGGACCCCUCUCAUCUGCUACCGCGCCGCACCACCUACUGGACCUACCCUGGCUCUCUCACCACACCGCCCUGCACUGAAUCUGUCACAUGGAUACUCUUCAAAGAUCCUGUACAAGUCUCCGCUGAACAGUUGGCAUUGAUGCGGAAACUUAGGUGUGGUGAAGCAUCGUGCGGCGAAGAAGCUAUGGAGUUGCUUCACAACUACAGACCAACUCUGCCACUCGGUAACAGAGAGUUGCGUGACUACGGUAUCCACUAACUUGUUUUCCCACCACCGAAUGAUAACAGUGUCGUGUGAUCCAAUAAAGACAAAUGACAGUUUCAAUUAUUGUGUUAAAGACUAUAAAUACUAAGAUUUCGCAAGCCAUGUUGCAGACUAAUACUGACAUCUAAUAUGUAGCUAAGAAGAUAUAUUUGGUUAUUUCAUAUUAAUAAUAAUGUAACAAGAAAAUUGUUUAUUAUUAAAAUCUUAACAUACGUAUAGAAAUUUUUAUAUCAUGUAACUGCAUUUUCGUAACAUUUAGUUAUUAGCUGUAGGGAGGUACGUUUUAUGUACUGUGUCUAUCCUUAGGAGGACUGUGCAUAAUCAACAUUAAGAUAAAAGAUCUUUCCUUCAAUAAUAUCCUGUGAUACUGUCAUAUGUAUUGGUUUGUGAGUGAAUAAACCUGAAUUCAUGUUUUUUUUUUUUUUGUUGAUUAUGCAAAUUCUUACUGAGGGUAUCAAUAGGAGUAUUACACAAUAAUACCAUUUGAGGCCUUAAAGUUGUGUCUUAUUGUGGAUAUUAAGUACAUUUACGCUACACAAUUAGCACGUGAACCAUUUUCUAACAUAUAAAUAAGUUACACAAUGUUUAUUUUUAAUUUUACUAGAUGUUAUUAAACGUGGUAUAGAGUUUUAAGCAAUCAGUUUGAAACUGAGAAUAAUUAUGGUAUUUUAUUGUACUUGUUUUAAUACAUCUCUAUCUGUAAACACAGUUAUAUUAACUGUGUUCCAUGUUCAUGUAAGUUUUAUAGAUAAUACACAUAUUAUAAUAGAUUUAUUUUAUUUAUUUGUAAUUAAGUAGUAUUAAACUUUUUUGUACUAAUAUACCAACGGCAACUAAAAUGCGUGUACCUUCUAGUAGAAAUAAAAUUUUAAUACAGUUCAA